AUAAUGAUGCGUUAAAAUGUGAAUAAUGUUUUUAAUUCGUUUAAAUAAUUCAAGUAUCAAAAAAUUCAUAUUGUUAAAAUUUUCGGCGAAAAAUGGAUUGGAUUCAUUGUAAUAAUUGUUUUACUCAAUUAGAACCUGGAGUAACUUUGCACCUGACAUCAUGUGGCCAUAUGUUUUGCAACAACUGCUUGAACAAUGGCGUAAAAGAAAGUACAUGUUUAGUAUGCAGAGCACCAUGUUCUAUGAUGAAAUUAGUUCCCGACAUGAAUCCAGAUAUUCAAGAUUAUUUUACUGACCCAGAAGAAAUAAUUAAGAAAAGUUGUGAUGUAAUACAAUUUCAAAGGCAACAUAGACGGCGCUUAUUGUCCUAUUUAUUACAAUCGACAAAAAAAUUCCGGGCAGCGCGAACGGAGCUACGACGCAUGACGGAAGUGUGUCAGACACAGCACAAACAACUGCGCGAGUAUCAAAGGAUCAUAAAGAAUUUACAAAGCCAGCUUGAUGGACAGUCAAAACAAACGCCACCGUUCAACGUGCCUAUAUCGCCUAGUAAUUUAUCCCCUGGUUUUAUUCAAACACCGCCUACAUACAAGCGACCCGCAAAGAGCACUCCUUAUAGCCAACCGUAUCAGUCGAACUUGGUGACCCCUUCUCGGAUAAGCAAACAGCGUUCAAGCAACUACAGUGUUAAUAGUCAGUCCUCGAGUGCAUCAAACAAAAUAUCGACAACGGUGUUCACGCCUCCAACUCCUGAGUCGGUCGGAGAUAUUUUUAGCCAGAACAGCAAUGAAUCCGGAUAUUUGUCUGGACUUAAAUCGCCGAGAGUUUUAUACUGCAAUGGUUUUAGCAACAGGUGCGCCUUCAAGAAACAUGCGCGUUUAAAUGUUUAG